AUGGCGGAUUUCCUAGCAAAGACAGAGGUCUCCAAGGCAGAUAUCAUUACAGUGCAAGAACCAUGGGAAAACCCAUACAAUGACACGAUAUACCAUCUAUUAAAACAGAUGUACGAAUUGCUCUUUCCGUCUAGCACAGAGAUAGGGGGGAGAGUAAGGGUGUGUAUUUAUAUCUCUAAGAAACUGGCAGGGUGGAUGUACUAUGCACACAGUGAAUUUUGUCAGGAAGUGAGACUCCAAGCCGGCCUUGGUGAGAUCUGCUUCUUCAAUAUAUAUAACGAGUGUGGUACCACCGGCACAGUGAACCUUCUCAACGACUUGCUAAUUGAGCUCUGUGACGAAGCAGACCUCGAUCUGUGGCUGGAACCUGGUGCGAUCAUGAGGGACCAGAACGGGAAGCAGAUAACGAUUGAUCUAUUCUUCGGUACGCCGGAUCUUACUAAGAGAUUAGUGGUGUGCAAGCUGGCCCUAGAGUGUCAUACAGAUUUAGAUCACCUGCCGAUCCUUGACCACCUGAUCGACAUUGUACGACGAGGUAUUCACGAAUCGACACUAUGGGCUAGGUCAAGCCCCUACGCUAAUCUAUCGUGGACCAAGGAAUGUGGAGAGGCUGUCAAGCACUCCCGCCAUAUGUUUCGUCAGUAUCUCGCGAUACAUAGUAAGGAGGACUGGGAGACGUACAGACUGGCCAGGAAUUAG